GCUGAUGCUCCGCCACAUGCCCGCAUCACUGUUGGCAAAACAAGGCUCACAUCAGCACAGCAAACUCAAACAACAACUAACCGGCACGAUGGAUGGGCAACAUAAAGACCGCAGAAUGAGUCACUUGUGGAUAUUGACGUUACUGAUAUUUGUCUAACCUCAAGCACACGGAUAACUCGGUCUUUUCCCAACUUCUUCUUCUGGAUACUGAUUGUGGAGCUGGAUCUUGUCCUACAGGCUUUGGAGGAAAAGAAAAGAAAAGGAUUCUAUUUAUUCUGAUCACUUUAUUUUAUCAUCACUGCAUUUUUGGAAUAGGAGCGUCUUUUUGUGGGAGGACAAACUGUUUUUUAAGGAUACGCACAUAAAACUAAAGGAUGGCCGUUUGGUUCACAUCUGUCCUCGCAAUAGUUAUUACAGUAUCUACUCAGGUUUUCGGAACGGGUGUGUUCGAGAUAGAGCUGAAUCAUUUUCAGAACACGAAAGGUUUGCUGGCAAACGGGCUUAGCUGCGGCAUGAGUGGCUGCAGGACUUAUUUCAAGGUUUGUUUGAAGAACUUCCAGAAGGAAGUGUCUCCUGGAAACUGCAUAUUUGCCAACGCCAGCACACCUAUUCUGGGCACCGACUCCUUCAGCAUCCGGCCGGACGCCAGGCUACGCCUGCCGCUCAACUUCACCUGGCCGGGUGCUUUCUCCUUAGUUAUUGAAGCCUGGUAUUCUCCUGCAGCGGAGCAGCCCGGAGAUACCACCAACCCCGAAUUCUUGAUUAGUUAUUUUGCCAUCCAAAGGCAGUUGGGAAUAGGGCGUGAGUGGUCCAAGGAUGUGCUCAGCGGGAGGCAGACGGAGCUACGUUACUCAUACCGGUUCAUCUGCAAUGAAAAUUACUACGGGGCCACUUGUUCCAAAAGAUGCGCUCCAAGAGACGACCGUUUUGGCCACUUCACCUGCAAGCCUGAUGGGGAAGAAGCCUGUCUGCCGGGAUGGAGGGGAGAAUACUGCCAAGAACCAAUCUGUCUUGAAGGCUGCAAUGAAAGGAACGGAAACUGCACAUUACCUGGAGAGUGCAAAUGCAGACAGGGCUGGCAGGGUCUCUUUUGUGAUGUGUGUAAAACCCACCCGUCCUGUAAACACGGUACCUGUAAAGAGGCUUGGCAGUGCAAUUGCAAAGAAGGCUGGGGGGGCAUCUUCUGUGACCAAGACCUGAACUACUGCACCCACCAUAAACCCUGCGCAAACGGGGCCACGUGCUUGAACACAGGCCAGGGCAGCUACACCUGCACCUGCCUGCCAGGCUUCACCGGGGUUAACUGCGACUCGGAGGUCAGGGAAUGUGACAGGCAGACCUGCCACAACGGAGGUCGCUGCCUGGACUCUGAGGAUGGGUAUAGGUGUGAGUGUCCGCAGGGAUUCGAAGGACAACACUGUGAACACAGGGUGCUCACUUGUGCAGACAAACCAUGCUUCCAAGGUGGCACAUGCCAAGAGAGAGAUAAUGGCCGUAGUUACACAUGCAAGUGUCCACCAGGAUACACUGGACUUAACUGUGAGAAGAAAGUGGACAAAUGUACCUCACUGCAAUGCACCAAUGGUGGACACUGCGUGGUCCGCGGUAACCUCCGAGUGUGCAGCUGUCGCUCAGGUUUCACGGGACCGCGCUGCGAGAUCAAUGUCGACGAGUGCGCCGCAAACCCCUGCGCAAACGGCUCCACCUGCAUAGAUCGCAUCAACGACUACACCUGCACCUGUCCCCUAGGGUAUACAGGCCGCCACUGCGACAAGCCCACAGACUACUGUGCUUCUCAACCCUGCCUCAAUGGAGGGACUUGCACCACAGGAGCCAAAGGCCAGUCCACCUGCAUCUGCCCGGCCCAUUACAGCGGCCCUCAGUGCCAGUUCAACAGUGAGCACCAAGCCAACACCCCCAGCCCCACAAUAAGCUGGGAGUCCAGUGAAAAGCAAAAGUUGGUAGCCAUCGUUUUGGGUGUGGGCGUAGUGGCUGCUCUGUUGCUUUUGUGCAUGGCAGUGGCAGUGAUGGGGCACAUCAAGAAGCAGAAGGAUAAGGAGCAGGACUCGGACACCAUGAACAACCUCUCCAAGGUUGACCUUCAGAAGGAGAACCUCAUCUCUACUCUAGAGCUCAAGAACACCAAUAAAAAGUUUGAAUUGGAGGUGGACUGUCCCAGGGAAAAGUCUAAUCACAAAUGCAUCAACCACUACCACCUGGACUAUAAACCCUCCGCGAGGUACAAGGAUGAACUGUCCCUUGUGGACAAAGAUGAAAACUGUGAAAAGUCAAUAGAAGACACGAAACAUUUAAGUAGAAUGUACAGUGAGAGACCAGAGUGUAGAAUAUCUACAAUAAGUUCUUCUGGAGAUUCAAUGUACCAGUCUGUCUUCGUAAUAGCAGAAGAGAAAAAUGAAUGCAUCAUUGCAACUGAGGUAUAAUAAAUUGAAUAUAUUAUUCAUCGUCAACAUUGGAUUUCUUGUGGACUGUUUACAAGUGUGGAAAGACUGGGAUUUAUUUAAACGCAAGUUGCUGCUUUUGAAAACUUGAUAACUGGAUAGAGCUUGUGUGCUCUCUGAAUGCAAUAGAAGUAAAGCUACUAAUCUAUGUGCGAAUGUAAAAGGGAAAUAAUGAGCCAAUCAGGCUUGCUCUCGCAACCUCGUCCGCUCUGUUCAAGUUCCUCCGAGGGCAACGGGCCAAGAUGCGUGUGCCCGAGUGGAAGAAGCGGGCUAUCCCGAUGGACGCUUUCCAUCUUAUUGCAGUAAUCGGCAAUCAAACAAAUCAACUCACCGCCAACGGGAAUGUGGAUGGAGCCGGCUUUUUUUCCAUUUCAUCUGACCUGCGACGCGCUAUGCAAACAAAAACC